UAUAGCUUAGCUAUUUUAAAUGUUUGAAGAGGGUUGCAUUUUCUCAUCAGGAUGCGCGUAUCAUCUUUCAUUGUACCACGAAUCAGCACUAUGGUGAUACCUCAUUCUUUGUCUCGUACAUACAUGUCAUUAAACUGCCGCUACGGAAUCAUAGAGACUGGCCACGGGCCAUAUGCUCCUUGGAGCAAUACUUUUUCAAAUCGCCCAUUGUUUCUCACCCAACCUAGUUUCCAGAGUUCGCGGAUUGGUGAAAAUGGCGUCUUAUGCCUACACGCUAAAUAUUUGAAUCAUCAUAAACGCAUGUUUAGUGGAAAGAGCGAAAGGGCGAAAGCGUUUGGUGGCCAGAAGUCUUCUUCGCUAAAUAAGCCGUUACUUUCUGGAGAGCUUCCCAGUGAGGCAGUAGCACACAAUGAACAAGCACACAUUUUUUUUUCUAAUGGGUUAUAUGAGGAGGCCAUUUUGUCACUGAAGGAGUCUCUAUUGGUUGUUGAGAAGUAUUUGGGCGCGAGGCAUAAUGAAGCUGCAACGCUCAUGGUGAGUAUAGCGCUAGUCUACGAGAAGCUAAAGAUGUAUGAAGAGUGUUCGAAGUAUUUGAGUGAUGCGCUAGAAAUCCGAAAGCAGUGCGAUGGUGAAAACCACACAUCGGUGGCAAUUGUACUAUACAAACUAGCGCUUGUAUGGUGUAACAGGGGAGACUUGGAAAAAGCGUUUCCGCUGGUGAACCACGCAGAGAAGAUAAUGAAUGGUCAUGUCGAUCUAGUAGAACAGAAGUUGAAGCAAAAACAAACAUCGUCUGAUUUACUAGAAGAAUUAGAGCAUAGAAAAUUGGCUUUGAACACGGAGCUGGGACACGUAUUGAACGUUCGAGGUGUGUUACACUAUCAGCAGAGAGAAUUUAAAAAGUCGGAGAAAUAUUGGAAUAAAGCAGUUGAAGUAUGGGAAAGAUGUUUGCUAAGUGAUGAGAGUGUGGCUACACUUCUGUUGGAUGUUCAUAAAAAUCUGGUAGCCUUGUACAAGACGACCAAUCAUUUAGACGCAGCGGUCAAGGCAUCUGAACGCUGUAUUAAGGCGCUUGAGUCUAGAUUUCCAGCUUCUCCAAUUUUGCCGCUUGCUUAUCAAUUGUCUGCGCAGAUAUAUGAGCGCGCCCAGAUGUUUGAUUUAGCCAAUAGUGCCUGGGAACAGGCGUACCAGCUAAUAACUCAAAUUCACGAGCAGGGUCAUGAAGAAAUAGACGAAAUUUUUUACGCUUUGAAUUUGAGCAAAGCAAAAUUGGCGGCUGGAAACCCAAAGCCAAAUUCAACUCAAUGA